AACCAUAGCAAAACAUUACAAUAAACAAAAAAUCUUAUAAAUAUACACAUCUCCCUCCCUCUCCCCCCACACAUAAUUAUCUAUUUUCAAUCAAAAGAUGGUGACAGGACAAGAUUUAUACAACGUGAUGUGUUCAAUGGUACCAUUAUAUUUUGCAAUGUUAGUUGCUUACGGUUCAGUAAAGUGUUGCAAAAUGUUCACUUCAGAUCAAUGUUCAGGCAUAAACAGAUUUGUGGCAGUUUUUGCUGUUCCAGUUCUAUCUUUUCAUUUCAUUUCUCUCAAUAAUCCUUAUCAAAUGGACAUUAAAUUCAUCUUAGCUGAUACAAUUUCUAAGCUUAUUGUUCUCUUUUUACUUUCCAUUUGGGCUAUUUUCUUUACUAAAGGCUCAUUGGAUUGGGUUAUAACUUUGUUCUCAGUUGCUACUUUGCCUAAUACCCUUGUUAUGGGUAUCCCUUUACUUCAAGCUAUGUAUGGUGAUUUCACUCAAAGUCUCAUGGUGCAACUAGUUGUCCUUCAAUGCAUCAUAUGGUAUACUCUACUUCUCUUCCUAUUAGAAUACAGAGCAGCCAAACUCUUGAUCAAAAACUCAUUCCCAGGAACCACAGCAGCCUCCAUAGAAAAAUUUGAACUCGACAGCGACGUAAUUUCCCUCUAUGGCCAUGACGCGCCGCUGACAACCCAAUCAGAAACUGAUGAAAACGGACGAAUCAAAGUUCGAAUUCGACGAUCAAUUUCCUCAGCACCACCAGGAUCAACCUCAUCAAUAACCAACACCAUUACACCUACAAGACUCUCUAAUCUUUCCAAUGCCGACAUUUUCUCCAUCAACACACCGAUGAAUUUUCUCGACAAUGCCAGUCCACGUCUCUCCGGUUAUGCCUCGACCGAUGCUUAUUCGUUGCAGCCAACACCUCGGAGGUCUAAUGUUAAUGAAAUGGAUGUGAUUGGUACACCGAUGUUGGGGAGGUCGCCGGUGGGUGGAAGGAGGGGUUUAAGGGGGGAUUCGCCGGUGGUGGAUCGAGGGAGGGUGGUUUGGGAGUCACCGGAGAAAUGGUGGGAUGAAGAGAGACAAGGAUGCAAGGACAUUACUAUGUCAGAUAGGGAAAUUAGCUUCAGAGACAGCCUCAAAGUCUCAAUGGCAGAGGAAGCUGUGGACCCUAAAAAUGAAAUUGAGAGUAACCAGAAAAUGCCAUAUGCCUUUGUAAUGUUAAGGCUUAUACUUAUUGUAGUUGGAAGAAAACUUUCUCGUAAUCCUAAUACAUAUUCUAGUCUAUUAGGACUUCUCUGGUCCCUAAUCUCCUUCAAAUGGAAUAUAGAAAUGCCUAGUUUGAUCAAAUCAUCUAUCAAAAUCAUAUCUGAUGCAGGUCUUGGGAUGGCAAUGUUUAGCUUAGGGCUUUUCAUGGCACUUCAGCCUCAUAUUAUUGCCUGUGGUACUAAAAGAGCAGCAAUGGGAAUGGGCAUCAGAUUCCUAUGUGGUCCUCUUGUAAUGUCAUUAUCAUCCAUUGCCAUUGGAUUGAGAGGGAAAAAACUGCAUACUGCCAUUGUACAGGCUGCUCUUCCACAAGGGAUAGUGCCAUUUGUAUUUGCAAGAGAAUAUGGGCUGCAUCCUGAUAUUUUAAGCACAGGGGUUAUCUUUGGCAUGUUAGUUUCCUUGCCAAUAACUCUCAUUUACUACAUAUUUCUUGGCUUGUGAAGACUAGGAAAAAAGUACAACUUGAAAGAAGAAUCAAUGUAUUGAAAAAAGUAAGUAUUAUCCAAAUUCCAAACUAUGAUAACAUGUAAACUAAACCAUGUUGUAAUUCAUCAAAGUAGAUUCUAAAUUCCCCAUAAUUAUGUCAUCACCGACCACCAUUAUAUAAGAUGGUUUUUCAUUAUUAUAGACACUACUAGCAAAGAAAAUGACUUGUGUCUAAAGGCAACAUUUCAAAAGCCAAAAGGGUUGUAAACUUGUGCAUGUAAGACAAGGCUGUGACUAGAUGACACAAAAACUGAUUAAUAAAUUUUAAAUAUAUCAUUGUUUUUUAGGAAAA